AUGCAAUUUCCUGUGCAUCCUGCAAAGAAACACAGAAAUAACCCCAAACCUAUCCGAGGACAUCGCACGCUUCCGCCGGUGCCCAACUUCAAUGAUGCCUCGGUGUGUGAGACGAUUGCAGCCGAGCUGGCGCAGCAAGAGGCUGUGUUAGAGCAGUUGCAAAUCAUGGAGCAGCUAUAUGCCGAGGAACUUGAAUUGGGCAAGUUACUCUCUAGAUUGGAGCUGGAGGAUAAGCCCGAACCCCUGCCAAUCUCCAAGACAGCACCCAGUCCCGAUGAGCUGGAGACGCUUCCAAUGGUUUGGGAUGAUCCCUCCCAUGGGGGGUGGGCUCCUCCGGUUGAGCCCCUGCUGGAGGAUGCUUCCAGGCUAGAAGCUGACAGCUGGAAAGAGCUCGGCUUGCACCCGUACGAUGAUGAAGAGUGCGAGGAAAAGCCCAAGCUGCAGCGAGCGGUGCAAAUUGAUCCAGGGGCUUGUGAAGCCAUGGUUCGAGCUCCAGCUACAGCUGCCGAAGCUCCUGAGCCCGAGGACUCCAAUCCAACAGCGACGGUGGGCGAUGUUGAUAUGGAUGGUGUCGCAGCAAAGCCGAGUGCUCCUGAUUCCGAGGCCUCCGAUCCAACAGCUAUGGACGAUGUGGCAUCAAAUGAUGAUGCAGCACCUGAGGCUGAGUCCUCCAAUCCUGUUGCGGAUGGUGUCGCAGCAGAACUGAGUGCUCCUGAAUCCGAGCCCUCCGAUCCAACAGCUAUGGCAAUGGACGAUGCUGCCGCUGAUGGUGCCGAAGCACCGAGUGCACUGGCGGCCCCUGCCUGCUUGCAGAAACUCCGGGCAAUUUCCCCGGCUGAGCAGUCAAAGCUUGUGAAGCCGGACAAGGAUCCGAACGGUCGCGGUAGAAGCCGAGGCCGUGGGCGUGGGGGCCGUGGACGUGGCCGAGGAGGUCGUGGCAAACCUGAGCCUGUGGCAUGCGAUAGGAGUGACGAGGAGGAGCAUUCAGAGCAUGAUUCCGAGGAUGAGAUGGCUACCGAGGUCCCGGAGACCAAAGGUGCGAGUGCAACUGCGAAAAGCAAAGCCUUGCCCAAGCGAAAGGCCGCAGCCAAAAAGAAGCCGAAAGCCAAGUCUGCCUCGAAGAAGGCUGUGGCUGACGAGGAUGAUGACGGGGCCACCAGUGGAGAGGAUGAUGGCUCCAAAAAGCAGAUCAAGCGACGAUGCGCCGAGGACGGGAAGUCUUCUGCAGCCAAGAAGGUCAAGCGCGCCAUGGUUGCAAGCGAGGAAGACUCCGCCGAGGCAGACUCCUUUGAAGCUGGUUUUCGCUGUGUGGGGGGCGAUCCAAGCCCAGCAUCGAAGAGAACGGCAAUCCAGAAGGCCGGCGGCAGCCGACGGCCAAAAAGCAAGUCCGCCAAGAAGCUUGGCAAGGAUGGUGAUCGCGACAAGAAGCCGGACAAGGCUGGUGGUUGCGACAAGAAUCCGAGCAAGACCAAGGGUGGUGAUUGCAACAAGAAGCCGAGCAAGACCAAGGGCGGUGAUUGCGACAAGAAGCCGAGCAAGACCAAGGCUGGUGAUUGCGACAAGAAGCCGAGCAAGACCAAGGGUGGUGAUUGCGACAAGAAGCCCAGCAAGACCAAGGGUGGUGAUUGCGACAAGAAGCCGAGCAAGACCAAGGCUGGUGAUUGCGAUGCGGAUGAGAAGGACAAGGCUGCCGAGACAAAGGCUAGAUUGUCCCGGAAGAGUUGUGCGUAUCACAAGGCACGAGCGGAGGCCAAAGCAAACGGAGCCAGUGAUGAGCAGGCCAAGGAGGCUGCUAAGAAGGUUCCCGACAGCUGGCAGAAAGCCGUCAAGGCCUUUGACAAAGAGCUCACGGAGCUUGUUUCCAUCCCGGAGCCGGGCCGUGCAGCCUACAAUGGUCUGGUGCAAAUGGAUACAGCUGGAGCACCUGCCAUUGCUUCUGCUGGUGGUGUAUUUGUUGCCGGCAAUGCUACCACCCAGCCAGAGGAGACCCUGAUCGAUACCCAGAACGAAAAACCAAUCGUUCCAAGAGCGCUUUCUUUCGAUAGUGCUUGGAGGGCGGAUGAACUGGAAUCCCCGCCUCCACCCAAGGAUUCCCAGCCCGUGGACUCCAAGCCACCACCUGAGUGCACCGCAGAAGGCAGCAAGCCCACGCCGACUCUGGCAAACCAGUGCAGCCCCAGCAAGGCCAAUCCAAGCCCGAAGAAGGUGAAGCACAGCCCGAAGAAGUCCAAGCACAGCCCUUUGAAGCCCAGCCCAAAGAAGUCCAAGCACAGCCCUUUGAAGCCGAGCCCAAAGAAGUCCAGGCACAGCCCUUUGAAGUCCAGCCCAAAGAAGUCAACCCCCAAGAAGGCUACGGUGGAAGGAGAAAGCGACUCUCCACUCAGUACACCGGCCUCUGCCUUGUCACGGGGUGCAAGUACCGCUACUCUGGGAAGCAGAUCAUCAGGCAAGACUAGGUCAAGCAGCAAGUUUGACAAGUACUACCACCAGAUGAGGCGUACGUGCAAGCCCACCAACGGCCCGACAAAGGCGUCCAAGGAAGCCCUGCAGCUCUGGGGUUCGGAGAGUGGAAGGGAGAAGCUUCGAAAGCUCCUGAUCGAGAAGGGUACCUUCAAGGAGGUUGAGCUUCACCUGGCUAAGUACAAGAGCCAUGUCGAGAAGGAUGCCACGAAGGGACGUUGGGUGACCAAGGCAUAUCUUAUGGAAAAGUGCGGCUACACAAGGUUGCUAGGUUGCAGCCUCACUUCCAAACCCCAUAAACCCUAA